CCGUCUUGUCACUUACUAGUAUUGCCCAUUUAGAGAAUGGACAAUACUGCAAAUGUUGUAAAGCAAGGAGAGCGACCGAGGCAUUACUGUGGACAUUGUGACCAAUCGCUGGGAUAUCGCGCGUUUUAUCGCCAUAAAAGACUCUAUUUCGAGAACGGAAAAUGGAAGAAGGAGGACCACUUAACGAGAUCAUCUGAUAACGCCGGACAGGAACUAUCGGAAAAUGGUGAUUGCGGUAUUGAAACCACAGUGCCACCCCCCGAAGAAGAUUCGUCCCGGCUUGGUGACCCUUGUCUGGAUUACGAAGCAGAACAAGAAUUUGAGGCGUCGGAUCAAGACGGUGGUGACGUCACUCCCACGGAGGAAAGAGAUCGAGACGGCUGGCUGGAAGAAGAAGACCUCCAUCUUUUUCUUAGCGAGACAUCCGACUCUGCCUCCAGCGACGAAGAUGGUGGCGAUGAAAGCACUACAAGGGCAGGAGUCUUUCGCGAGGAAACGGGAGACCCACGUGUGGCUGUGGAGGCAAACAGUGGCGAGGAAGAUGCAGAAAUAUGGAUGGAAGAAAUGCUGCAAGGAGAUGAGUUUGCCCCAAUCAGCGAAAGCGUGGCGGACAACGAAAUGCCAGAGGAGAGACGUCGGGAAACUGUGUUCAUGCGCCUGUUAGCUAUGGUUUUGUUAGUGUGGCAGACGAUAUUUAAGAUUUCUGAUAGUGCAGUCUACUCAUUGUUGCUAUGUUUUAAACUGUUCAUUCAGGCUAUCGGACAUGCUUAUGGUGUUCAGAGUAUCAUUGACUUUUCCCAUAAUAUCCCUAUAACGCUGUAUACUCUCAGGAACUGUGUAGGUCUAGACCGAAAUAACUUCACGAAAUUCGUUGUGUGCCCAAAAUGUAACACCAGAUACACGAUGGAGGAGUCAUUCCACAUUAAGAGAAAUGGUUCAAAAGUGUCCAAUAAGUGUGAAUUUGUACCGUUUUAUAGUCACCCACACAGGCGUUCUGAGCUUCGACAGAAAUGUGGUACAGUUUUAAUGAAGAAGGUGAAAUCUGUCAAAGGCGAGGAGUACAUGUAUCCUAAGAAGACUUACUGUUACAAAAGUGUAGUAGAAACACUCCAAACCUUUGUGAAAAGACCGGACUUUAUGAGCAAGUGCGAAGAGUGGAGAGAGAGGAAUGUCAAAGAAAACGAAAUGGCGGAUAUUUAUGAUGGUCAAGUGUGGUCAGAUUUCCAGUAUGUAGACGGAACAGCCUUCUUGGCGGAACCUAACAAUCUGGCCUUCAUGCUAAACUGUGAUUGGUUUCAGCCAUACAAACAUAGCGAAUACUCAGUAGGUGUACUGUAUCUUGUAGUGUUAAAUCUGCCCCGCGAAGAACGGUUUAAAGAAGAGAACAUGAUUGUAGUAGGGAUAAUUCCAGGACCUAAGGAGCCUAAACUGAAUAUCAAUACAUUCUUAGAGCCAUUAGUAGAAGAGUUGCAAUACCUGUGGAAGGGCGUGCUCUUGCAGGAUAACUCUGACCUGGAAGAACAGUUGUACCGUGCUGCUCUUGUAUGUCUAUCUUCAGAUAUUCCAGCUGCCCGCAAGUGUGGAGGCUUCGUUGGACAUUCGGCAUUGAGAGGGUGCAGUAAAUGUUUGAAAACAUUUACGAGGGCAAGAUUUACAACUAAGGCAGACUACUCCGGCUUUGACAGAACAGCCUGGACGCCACGCGUACAUGCUGACCAUGUGCGCUAUGCCAAGUUGGGCAGGAGAGCCAAGACAAAGGCAGAAAGGAAAAGGAUGGAAGACCUGUAUGGGGCAAGAUGGUCGGAACUUUUCCGUUUGACUUAUUUUGAUUCUUGUAAAUAUGUGGUGAUUGACCCGAUGCACAAUUUGUUACUGGGUACUGCCAAGCAUGUGUUUAAAGUGUUCAUUGAACUAGGUGUCAUCAGUAAGAAGGAUCUUGAUGUAAUUCAAUGUAGAAUAAAUAGUAUGAAGGUGCCACAUGACGUUGGAAGAAUUCCACGCAAGAUAGCUUCUGGAUUUAAUGGAUUUACCGCCGAUCAGUGGAAGAACUGGACCUGCAUUUAUUCACUGUUUUGCUUAAAGGGCCUGAUAGACACUUGCUAUUAUGAGAUGUGGUGCUAUUUUGUUCAAGCUUGUCGCUUGUUGUGUGUUCGAGUUAUCACACGUGAAGCUUUAUAUGAAGCAGACUGUCACCUGCAGGCCUUUUUGAAUAAGUUUGAGGUAUUGUGUGGGCCACACCAUUGUACUCCCAACAUGCACCUACACCUGCAUCUGAAGGAUUGCAUUAUUGACUAUGGUCCUGUGUAUUCUUUUUGGUGUUUCUCAUUUGAACGGUACAAUGGCAUGUUGGGGAAAUAUAACCACAACAACAGGAACAUUGAGCUACAGAUAAUGAGGCAAUUCCAGCAGUGCAAACAACUCAAUACGAUCGACUGGCCCCAAGAUUUUGGAGAAAGGUUCAAAAAUCUUCUGAAGGGUAAGAAGACGUUCUUCGCCUCAGGCGCACAAAGCAAUCCAUUGUGGCAAGAUCUGCUUGUGAUAGACAACGCCUCUAGGGUAGAACCACUGUCACCAUUCCGCAAUAUUGUAAUCGGUCAGGCUGUUCGCCGUUUGUUGUAUUGUAUGUAUCAAACAAUGUUUCCGAUAUUAGAUGUUGUACAUAUUGACCUGUUUGCCAUGUCAUGCGCUAGAGUCAAAUGUAAUGGUGUAACCCUUGCUGUGGACAACUGUAGAUAUGAGAGGUCAGCGUGUAUAUAUGCAAAAUGGUGCUCUACUAAUCCUGGAUCGGACGAACCAACCAUUGACCCACGUACAGAAGAACGCCCUGCUGUCUUGAGGGAAGUUAUUCUGGUCCACAUUGUGUUAGGAAAUGGGCGAAAAUGUUCGCACGCUGUGGCCAGGGUAACUUGGUAUGAACACCACCCCGAAAGGUGGUUCUAUGGUCCUGGAAGUCCGAUUCAGGUUUGGGGGCUUGGCUUUGAGCCAGAGUCACCUGCAUCAUUCAUACCGAUUGAAUGUAUUGGAGGAAGGUGUGUGUCAAGCACAACGGCUGUAGAGUUUGGACGGAUGGAGGAAAGGGUUUCCGUGAUUGUACCACUCUGCAAAGGAGUGUAGAAUUCUUAGCCUGGACUGUUGAAGUAUUUCACAGCAGGACGCGUGUGUUCUUACUCUUUGUUUGAAGAACAGUGUGCUUUUGUACCCGAUUGGUGUGGUCGGGAAAACUAAGUAAACGUUGUAAAUAUGUUUGAUAGACGCUACCUUUUGUAUAUAGCGAAUUAGAAAAGACAGGUUGAUGUAGCGCUUACGGGGCUCUAAAUUUGAUAAUGGAUGUUCAAAAUAAAUAUGGAAACUAUACGCACGAAGCCUGGGAGAACUUUAUGAUAGAAAACACACACAUAGCUACGCUUCGCUUUCCGUUUGUUUUAUAAAAGAAAUCAAAGCCCACAUGACCCAAAUUGAACAAAUGAAAAACGCCGUAAGAUUUACAAAUAUUGUUUUUACCAAACUUGUUAAAUGUUUAUUUUCGUCUGGUUUUAAUCUAGGCAAGAAAAAAUCGCACCAAGCGUAGGUACGUCAUGAUUUUUGAAUCGAUUGUCGCGGUUUGUUUGGUUUGGGUGGAUAGUUUCUUCUGUCAAUUUUUUCUUUGUCUAUUGAUAGAAAAUAGGCAACUUUAAGACUUGUUAAACUGCUGCUUUUUCAUGUGAUUUUGUUUAACAUUCAGGCUUUUUUCAGAAUACGUACCGGGCAUUUUUUUUCAAAACAAAAGCUUUCUUGUUUUCUUCAAAAGCACGUUGGUCUAAACCGAAGCGGCUGAUGUUUUAUCUGCUCGUAAUGACUAUGUCGGUAUAGAAUGUAACAAAAUAUUAUCGCCAAAUGUGUCAAAAUGUCCAUUUUCUGGUGGUUCAAUCUAGGCAACAAUAUACUGCAGAAAAAUACAAUCUCAUUGAAUCUGUUGUUUUUUUUCGUUUGCGUUUGUUCGCGCGUUCAUUUUCUAUUGUUCUAAAACAAAACACAUCCGUCUAAAUCGAAGCUGCCGGUUCGUUGAUCAGCUUAGUGUGUCAAAUGACAGACUAAUCCACCAAAGACUGUCAUAACAUGUUCAAUAUAAUCGUCAAAUGUUUAUUUUAGUGUGGUUAAAUGUAGGUAACAAUCUACAGCUGAAAAAUUACGAACCGAGCGUUGGUAUAUAUACGCAAUGUUUUCUUAUGUUUCAAAAGCACAAAUUGGUCUAUAGACUGAAGCGGCCGUUUACUUGAUAAGCUUAGGGCGAAUGAAUGGUGGAAAAUGUUAUCGUCAAACGUGUUAGAAUGUCAAUUUCGUGUACUUCAAUCUAGCAAGGACGUUAUCUAGGCAACGAACUGCUGCAGCAAAACACGAAUAAAAUAAUUUAGCUUGGGUAAGCCAUGGUAAGCUAAAAACUUAGACCCUACUGAAGCUUGAGUAUGCAAUAACACCAAACGCUGGUAUAGGACGCGCUCAUUGUUAUUUUUGGUGUUCAUUCUAGGCAACGAUUCAUUGAAGAGAACGAUGAAAAAUGAUAGUAUACGUGCCACGCGUUGGUACGCCUUUCUUUGUUGUUGUUCAAUGUAUUCGUUUAAAUCGGGCGUUUGUGGGGUUUUUCUUGACUGAAAAUGCCAGACAAGUCAAUACACAUCCGCAUCGAGAGCACUUUUAUGUAAAGCGAAUUUCCUGUACCAAUCUUACCCAAACCCAUUCUCAUGACAAAGUAUUAUUUAUGUCUCUCAAUUCACACACACGAUGGUCUCUUGUUUGGCAUUACUCAAGAUACGAGACGUGAGCAGGGGCCGUAUAUUCCCAUACAUGUCUUAUUACCGGAUAUGCAGGCGUAAGCGGUAAUAUGCAGGACCCGCGCUUGUCAUGACAGGAUAUGACCGCACAUGCCCCGGAUAUACCAGAUUUCACGGGACAUAUGCAACCCCAAAAACGACCGGAUAUUCAAGUUUUCGUGUAGUG